AUGUCUAUAAAAAUCUAUGGAAACCUCACUGUAACCGGAAACUGUGCUGUAUCGGCUGUCUGUUCUUGUUCAAGCAGCAAUGACAGUAACAGCGCCCUGGUGACAGCUAUCGAUCCUAAUCAUCCUCAACCAGCAGAAAAUCUGCUGGUAGAAAAUACACCACCUCAGCAAGACCGUUCAACGCCGGUAGCUCAACCACCAACAGAUAAUCUUGGAACCCCCCGUCGUCGAACACCCAGAUACAAUCCUGGUACCCCUCGUCGUCGAUCACCCAGAAACAAUCCUGGUACCCCGCACCGUCGAUUGUCUAGAAACAAUCUUGUUUCCCCGCGCCGUCGAUCAUCCAGAAUUGCCAGACUUGCCGAGCUCAGGCACCAACCAAUGCGCUUGCAAAGACGUCCACUUCCACCUGCUUAUGAGAAUCACGACACCUGGACUAAAAUACGGACCUUACCAGUCAACCUUCUCCCAUACCUCUCGCCUGGAUGGGUGCCACAUUGGACCACUCGAGAUCUUCUUCAACAGAUCAUCUGGCACUUUGAACCAACCCAGCGCAUCCCGUGCCGCACUCUCAAAGCAGAAAUCAUUGACCUCUUUGAAUAUCUGGUGGUCGAUCAGUAUGGUGCAUACUAUGGAAUAUAA